GAGCAUCGUUCAGGCAUUAACGAGACUGUCCACGUCGACGAAUUGCGGUUAAACUGAUCGUCGGAAAAGAGUUCGGCGUGCCAAACGAAAUUGAAGAUACGUGAGGGCACGAUCGUGAACCAUUUCGUCUCUAACGAGGAAGUAGCUCUAAGGGACGGCUCAUCGAUUUGUCAGUAAAGUAACCUUGCGGUACCUCCUGCCUGCGAAGCCAGACACGCGAGACAUUUUUCUGGCGGAUCUCUUUGCAACCAAUACGUCAUCGACGCGGACUUCGAUGAUCGCGCGGAGCUAUUAAUACGACCGCGGAAAUAAACCGCGACCAACAUAGCCAUUGAGCGUUUCUCGAGAAACAUUAUGAGAAAUAAAAUAUAGAAGCAUAGAUCUAAUUUCUUGUACAAAUAAAAGAAAGGAGAAGCAAAUUUUUAAGUUUGAAUUUAAACCUGGCAACGUUCACGCUAUUUCUAGUAUAAAUCGUUAAGUUCGUCGGAAAGUCGCGUGUCCGCGAUAACGAUCACCGAGUCGAGCUGAUAUCAGCAAAAUUCUUUCGGUGGCUCGCGACCCAUGAGACUUCCGGUGUCCUCGGGGUGUCGCGGUGUCCACCGAAAGCCCAUAAAAGCUGGAGAGCCGCGAGGAACCCGGCACACGGGCAACCUGCGCACCUGCGACCGGGUCAAAGCGAUUGCGUAGAUCGAAACGUGCCGGUGCACCAGUGAGAAUCAAGACCCCGGCUUGCCUGCAUGCGGUCCCAUCGAGAUAUUUGAAGAACACCACGCGCUCGACGUCGACAAAAAUGUCGCUUCCAGGAGCGACCGACCGUUCCCGCUAAGCCACACCGUUUUGGGAUAAAAAAAGACGAUAGACAAGGAUGCUUCUCUGAGAACCGGCAAGAAGUAUGAUACUAAUACUCUUUUCUGAAUGAGAAUUACGAGCAAAAUUACUGUGAUAGAGCUACUAAACAUGAUCGUUUCCUUGGCGCGAUCCAUCAAAGUAUAAUGUUUCGGCAUGGCAGUGAAAUAUUUGGACGGACCUUUCGUGUUCAGGCUUAACGAUAGUGGUACAGGACCGCAUCUCCUAGUACAGGUUUGCACAGAACGCGGCUGGAGAGAGUACACGGGCGAAAAUAAUGUAUUCAAAGAUCGAUGGAAUUUAUGGUGGCGGUCUGGGGGUUUUCCUUUACCCCAUUACAAGCUAUUGCUUCCGUGGCAGUUCAUCAACAGAAUUCCGAAAGGGAGCUCGAUCUGUAGGAAGGACAAUCUUAUCCGUCAUUUAAGGUGCAUGAGGAAGAUGCACGGUUCGAUCUACGAUUUCAGUCCUGUAGGAUACAACUUGCCAUCGGAGUACCCGAAAUUGGCGGAGGAAAUGAGUCGUUCUGAACACGACAGAAUCUGGAUCUGUAAGCCAGUCGGACAGAGUCAAGGAAAAGGCAUUUUUCUGUUUCGCAAAUUAAGCGACCUCACGUAUGACAGUGCAGCAGUCGUGCAAAGAUACAUAGAAAAUCCCCUUCUGAUUGGGAGUUACAAGUUUGAUCUACGCCUGUACGUCUGCGUACCCUCGUAUCGUCCUUUGACGAUAUACCUGUACAAGGAAGGCUUGGCUCGUUUCGCCACCGAGAAAUUUUCAUUAGAACAUUUGAACGAUCCUUUCCGACAUCUCACUAAUUUCGCGCUGAACAAAUUGGGCCCGGGAUAUUCAGAGAAAAAGGAACGCGUCGGUUCUGGUUGCAAAUGGACUUUCAGACAAUUGAGGAGGUAUUUAGAACAGACUGGAUACUACGAUUGGUUCCUCUGGCAGAGGAUUGCCUGCUUAGUGAGCUUAACGAUACUCAGCCAAGCCGCGAACAUACCGAAAUCAUCCAAUUGUUUCGAAUUCUUCGGAUUCGACGUACUGAUCGACAAAAAUCUAAAACCGUGGCUACUAGAGGUAAACCUGAGCCCGGCCUUGAACAACGACUGCGAGAUCGACUCCGAAGUGAAGAAACCAUUGUUGCACGACCUGUUCGAUUUACUAGGUCUUCCAGUAUGUAACACCGGUCUCUCCCUUUUUACGAUAUGGUCGACGAGUUCUGUUAACGACAAAGUCGAAGCGUCUUCCAAAUUUUGUACGGGCAAAGCCACAAAAAAGAAAUCGAGAUCUUGUCGGGAGACCGAUGGCUUUUUAAAUAUAUGCACGGAGCUUCGACCUACCCUCAGACAAUCGAAUAACGGUGACUCCUCGAAUUGGUCCCGAUACAAUCCACUGUUAGUGGAUAAAUACAUUCCUCGCGGUUUUCGGGGCACUAACCCGGAACACGACAAGACAUCGGUAUGGGACAAUGGUAAAGAUUGGAGCACGCCUUGCGCGAAGGAAGGAGGAUGGGUCCGCAUUUAUCCACUGACUCGAACGAAAGAGAGUCGCGUCGACUACGUGUCGUCGUUAUCGGAAGCUCCAAGAAUGGCAGAAAAGGAAGCCAGGAACACGGUUCUUUCUAUACAGAAAUAUUUGAAAGCUGCCAAAGAAGUACAUAAAAAAAAUGAAAAAUACAGCGACGAACAAUGUAACGCUAUGCUGCGUAAAAUUUUGGAACUGAAUACCGAAAUUUGGCUGCCAUCGAAGUGA